AUGAAGGUUCAGAAGAAACCCGAGAAGGAACAGAGAGCUGCACUCGAGAUGCUUACAAAGCAGUUAUCUCAGGUCGCCCUGUCACUAGGCGAACUGAGAGGCAAUGAAGGAAAGAUUCCGGCUACAGUGCAGCCAACGACUGAGCGAGAGAAUGUCAAUGCAAUCGCUCUGAGAUCGGAAGGGGUUAUUCAAAACUCAGUUGCAAGUUUCCCAGCACCCAGACCCAGUCAUAACGAAAGCCUUGAGUCUAGCACCCUUGAUCAAGUCACAAAAGAAGAAGAGUCUUACACCCGUGAGAAGGACACUGAAAAGGGAAGAAUGGUCGAAGCAGAAAAAGUGACCGGUGUGAUCCAACCUAGUGAUCUUCCACCAAAGAAGACUGACCCAUGUGUAUUUACGCUUCCAAUCUCCAUCAGAGAAGUCCUAAUGGAGCAAGCAAUGUGCGACCUAGGGGCUUCCAUCAAUGUUAUGCCAUAUUCUAUGUAUGAAAAGCUGGGUGAAGAAAAACUAGUCGAAACCGAUAUGGUGAUACAGCUGGGAAAUGGAUCUUGCAUUUACCCCGAGGGAAUUCAGGAGAAUGAAAUCGUCAAAGUGAACAAAUUCGACUUCUUUGUCAUAAAAAUGACAGAGCCAGAAGUAGGGGAGGCCAUUGGAAUCCUCUUGGGAAGACCCUUCCUAUCCACCGCUAACACAGUCAUUGAUGUCUGCCAUGGGACGAUGAAUUUGGAGUUUAAUGGAGAGCGACUUACAGUCGACAUUAAUGAAGCUGCAAGGAAGCCACAUGACAGCGAGAACAUACAAUCAAUAGAUACUGUUAGACCUCUGGAGCAACAGUGUUUGAAAAAGGAACUCCUCAUUAAACCACCAUCUGAUUCCACUAAUAAUGAAAAGCUUAAAAAGGAAGCAGUUGACUGGCUCGAAGCGACAAUAAUUGGGGAAAUGGAUGAUCAGGACAUUGAAGAAACAAUGACGGAUUUCUGGAAACCAACACGACCAGCAAAGACAUAA